CCGGGCUAACCUGAGACUGUCUAGCUGUUGUUAGGCCGCAACUCCCAUCAUUCCUAGCUGCAGGGGGUGAUGGGAGUUGUAGUCCAAUAACAGCUGGGCAGCCUCAGGUUGACUGCUCCUGUAAUAGGGGUCACACAACAACAAGCAUAUUGUGUCGUGUGACGCCUCCUGGCUGAGCAGCAGUCCCCUGCUAACUGAGCCAAGGGGCUCCUCUUCAAGUAGUGAUUGUCUUAUAUUCUUUAGCUAAAGAAUAUAAGAUAAUCACUACUUUUAUAAUUUUCAGUUUUAAUUUGAACCUAAUAAUUGUUUUUAAUCUGACUUUUUAAAAAAUUAAUUUUAUUACUUGUAUCUGUGUCUAUCUUAUUGUUGUAAGCCACCCCGAGCAGUAUUGCACUGGAGUGGUGGGGUAUAAAUAUUUUAAAUAAAUCAAUAAAUAAUAUUUAGCUGUGGUAGAGCCAGUUACUAGCCCUGCUCAGCAGCCCCAGCACAGUAUCCCCCAUCAGUGGCUAUUGCUGGUGUCUGGCUUGUGUUUCUUUUUAGAUUGUGAGCCCUUUGGAGACAAAUUGACACAUCUGUUCUGAGCAGCAGCUUUUUAGAACUCUUCAUCAGUUUGGAUACGAAAUUAAACACUCACACACCAAGCAGCAUAGGGUAUUAGAGCCCAGAGAACUGAAGUUUUGAAGUGGAGGAGGAGUUGUGCAGUCUUAAUUAGAUUAGCCUCAUGAAGUGCCAGCUUCUGAUUUCAGGAUGCACUCAGGGUAAUGAGACAAAGAAAUGAUUAUGGCUGGUGCCCCAUUUUUUGCAAAUAUCAUGGUACAUGAUCUUGCAAUUACUCAAUUUUGUCACUAAUUACAGCACAUGGGCCUUGUAAGAUAAAGAGAAACAUGGUUGUCUUUGUCUUCUUUUUUCUUCUUCAAAUAUUUAUAUUUUGCCUUUCAACAUGGGGUUGUGAAAGCCAUUUAUAUAGCAAAAUGUAUAAGAAAAUGGUUCCCUGCCCCAAAGGGAUCAGAGUCUUUGAAAAACCCAGAAAGGAACCAGCAAUCACUUUAAAAGGUGGCUUUUAAAAGAGAGAGCCACCACUUUUAAAGCUGCUUCUUUGCCCAGCUAAAGCUGGAGGCUAAUUUUAGAUGGUGCAGAGGUUCUCUUAACAUCUUAGGCAGAAGGCUUUCCAAAAAGUUAAGGUUAUUAACUUAAAAAUAAAUUAAAAAGAUAAGGUUAUUACAUUGGCUCCAGCUGCUAGUAUCCCAGGAACAACAGAAGCAAAGGGAAGCUUCCCAUCCCACCUUCUGUCACUAACUAGUAUUUGUGUUUCUGUAGGUUUGGAGAGUUUUGUCUUGCAUGUCUAUCUCAUCUUAACCAUUUGUAAGUCCAUUAUUUUUCCCCAAUUUUUGUUGUGUUUACCAUACUUCUUAGUGCUAAGGCAGUUUGAUUCAGAUCUGUAUUGGUUCUUUUUGUCUGAUUUAAAACCUAGCUUAUUAGCAUGGUGACUUAAAAAAUAUCAGGGUGAAGGUUAACUUCUAUGUACAGUGGUCAAAAUAGAAAACAGAUUUCUUCUAGAAAAAUAUGAAAUGCAUAGUAAAUUGACAGAAUUUUGCAUUUAAUACAUCUCAUGGCCAGUGUUCCCUGUAAGGCGUGUUUAAGCACUCCUACAUUUUUUGAUGUCCACUCAGUUAAUUUUAGAUCCCGUUCAGGUUGAAACAGGAAGGCAUGUGCGCACACUGUCUUGAUACUGCCUUCCAGAGCAAAACACAUUCUGCACACAGAUGAAAAAAAUUAGAGAGAACACAGCUCAUGGCGGUUGACUCAUCUUUGUUGCUUUCUCUCUUAUUGACAGUUUUCAAAAACAUGUAUGGCAAUAACAGAAGCCCACAUCAACAAUAAAUGGCUUGCUUGAUUAAAAAAGGCAACGUUUACUCUCCGGAGUCAACUGUCUCUUCUCUUCUAGCAAAUUGUAGUCUUAACAGUAGUAGCAGUUCCUUGAAUUCACACAGUUCAAUCCAGUACAAGGACAAGCUGUACAGGUCUGCCUCGCAAGCUCUGGAGGCCUACAUUGAAGACUUUGAUCUCAGCCACCUGUCUCCAGAGAGAAGACCUGGAAAAAUCUGCAUUGCCCAGAAUACUCCUAAAGACUUCAGGUCCCCAAGAGAUGGUUUCAAGCACAAAUAUGAUUCAGAGAACUUUAAGUUGCAUGCAGUACUAGAUUCUGUUGGUCCUCAGUUAAGAAGAAAGGUGGCUUGGGACCCAGAUAUGCUCAGUCUCACUACAGACGAUCUUCUAGCAUUUCCCGCAGAUGGUUCUGCAUCUUUUACCCACUCUGCUGCCUCAAGGCCAGUUCCUCAGAGUAGCAUCCUAAAGUCACUGGCAGCAUCUGUUUACUUUGAUCACCACCGGACUUCAUCCUUUGGCAACCGAGGAGAAAUGAAUUUUCUUGAAAACCCUGCUUCCUCUUUGUACAAGGACUCUAGCAGAAAGGUGCAUAGAAAACACAAAUUUCACAAAUAUGAUUCGGAAGCUUCUGGCCUUUCCCUGGAGGACCAUCUAGUUGAACAAAAGGACUUGGCUUCUACUUCUCAUAAGAACUAUCCGAGGUGGCUUACAAGCCAGAAAUCUGACUUGAGUAUUUCGGGGAUAAGCAGCAUUCCUGACUUCAAGUAUCCCAUCUGGCUGAAGAGUCACAGCCUUUUGUCAGAUUCGGCUCCUGAGAGUUCUACCCAGAGUGAUCCUGCUUCUUUGCAAGGUAGCCAGAAGCUGAUAAGGAAUCAAAAUGAGGACUGCCCAAACAACUCUGAACGUUCUGGACAUAAUGGCUUGUUGGAUUUAUGAAAUGAGCAGGAUGAUCAAAGGAAUAGCCAGUAUGAUAUCCUAAGUGUGUACUUUGCACCUAAGGGAUUGGGAGAACACAAGCAUCUUAUUUAGAGAUGGUGAAAGUGAGUUGCUACUUCAGAAGGCAGGGAGAGUUCUGGAAUCUUCUGCCGAGGAAUUAACUGAUGUCCUGAAAAACAAUGGAAGCCCUUGUACAGUGGAUGUACUAGAAGCAGAAAGAUCAUGGGAUAAUGUUCCAGUUGGUUUAAAAUCUCCAGUGCCUGUAUGUUGUGAGGAGGAGAGUCCUUUGCAAACACCCAAAGCAAGCAUAGUCGAUGAAUUUUUGGAAGAUUGCUUAAAAAAUGCUAGUCAGGAGAGUACUUUUUCUGGAGGGAAUCAUCAUGGGCCUGUGGAAGCUUUGAAGCGAAUGCUGUUUAAUCUUCAAGCAGUUCAGCAAAGCUUUAGCCAGAACAAAAUGGCCGGACACGAUGAAGACUUUUACAAAAAGAGACACUGGUCCCUGAUUAAUGUUUUUCUAGUUUGCCUCUUGGCCUGCGCAUUAACCACAGUGAUGGGGGUGCUGAUUCUGUCCGCAAUUUACGCUAGCAACACUGGCUUCAAAGCAGAACCAAAACGUGAAGUGAGCAUAAAAAAGCGUGAAGUAGUUUCUCGAGAAGCACCAAGUAGCAAACCUUGCCAAAUGCAGGCGGAUCCCAAGUUCCAGUUUCUUCACCAGCAUACUAAAUCUGAGAAACAUGAAUUCCCAGGUGGUAUUAUUCAGUGGUCAAGAUUUAGGAGAAAUGCCAAUGAGUACCAGAACAAGGAAGAGAUGGAGUUCGGAAGAAGCAUCAAUGCUCAGCGCUCCAAGAUGUCAUUUGGCACGAUGCUGAUCAAGAGCCAAGGGCUGCGUGUUCCCCACUGGCACUUCAACGCAAAUGAGCACGGCUACCUCUUAAAGGGCACUGCGUGGAUUGGUGUUGUCGAUGCCGGUGGAAACACAGUCACUACCUACAUUGUCACAUCUGGCCAAGUCAUCUUCUUCCCCCGCAACACGUUGCAUUGGCUCAAGAACAUUGGUGCAGAAGACUGUUUGUUCUUGCUUUUCUUUACAACUCACGAGGAGCUCCAAACUCUGGAUGUGGAUGAUGCCUUUUUCUCAACACCUGAAGACAUAGCAGCCAGGUCAUUAAAGCCUAAAGGGGGAGUGGAUUUCAUCCGGACGUUCCAGAAGCAAGCAGAAGACCAGGCUAUCAACCUUCCACCCAAUCUAGCAGAGCUUGUUCAGAAUGCUAACUACAGGCAGUCUGAAGACAAGCUUGUGUACCGGUACUUUUUUGACCUCAAAGGGUCAGCUGAGUUCACUUACCCAGGGGGAAUAAUCCAGUGGGCUCGGUAUGUAAAAAGUGGGAAAGGUCUGAAACCCAAUGAAAAAAUGUAUAGUGAGUUUCUCCAUUCGAAAGAAGAUUCUCUUACCUUGGGAACCCUCCGGAUCUACAGCAGUGCCUUAAGGCAGCCCCAUUUUCAUUUCAAUGCCAAUGAGAUGGGAUACGUCAUCAGUGGGUGUGGAAAGGUGGGAGUUAUUCUUUCAUCUGGACGUGCCACUGACUUCAGUAUUGGAGUAGGAGAUGUUGUCUUUUUCCCGGUUGGAACCCAACACUAUAUCAAGAGCACAUGCGACGAAGACUUGCUUCUCCUUCUGGCUUUCACGACUGGAAACCAGCUGGAAACUCUCGACAUGGAUGAUUAUAUCCGCGCCACAGCAGACCACAUACUAGCCCAGCUUUUCUUCAAACCACAAGAGGAGUUUAAGAAUAUUCCGACGUUUUCAUCGGAUCAGGCAAUUAAUGUACCUGAUCAUGGAAUCAAUUAUUAAUACUGUGAAUUCUGCCUUUCAUUCUGUGAUCCCCCUGGGGGAGUUUUUCAAGUUGCUGUAUACUUUUCUUUGAAAAAAGCAAAACUAUUAAAGGAAUCCAUGUCCCU